AAUGCGAAAAAAAAGCCGCAAGGCUACUGUUGUAGUUUUUAUUGUGUUUUUAUUUUAGUUUUUGAAAGAUAUUUGUGUUUAAUUAUUGUUGUUAAGCCUCUAAAAGAGUGUACCAAUUAUCAAUUUAUCUAGUCUUAGGCGUAACCAUUCAAGUUUGCUGGCGAAACGGAGUUUUAACCGAGAACCCCUCAAAAUUUCACCUGUGAGUCAGUUUCAUUAGCACAGAAAGUAUCAAAAGAUAUAUAAAACCUCGUUUUCGAGGAAAAUCCCGCCAAUAUUAUCUUACUGAAAAUUUUACAUAAAAAAAAAUGGUAACAUACUUUUUACUGCAGCGUCUUAGGAAAUGGAGAAAUCGCUGAAUAAAUGCAUUAAAAACGUUAGCGCUGUCGCAAUAGACCGCUAGUAAUACAAUUCCAAUAAGAUUCUUGUUGGAAAGAUGUCUACAGUACAAAAUACUCUUUGGACUCAGUUACCAGCUGAGACCUUGGAUCCUAAAUAUGAGAAAUGCAGAAAUAUCACCGAAGAAAUAUACAAGAGGAUAAACAUAACCUUUCAAAUAAAAAAAUUGGAGACCAAUGUCCAAAGUGAAGUGUCUGAUUGCAGCGACCGCGACCAAAUAGACAGUAAUGAGUUGAGCAAUGAGACCGACCUUUUUGCCUGUGACAAGAGCUCAAUAUCAAGCAGCGAACUAGAAGCUAUGGAGCGAGGUAGUGCUGCAUGCGAGAAGUUUAUUAACAACAAUAACAAUGAGGAAAAAGUGAAAAAGACCACUGUUGUUUGCAAGAGACCCCGGAAGAGAUUCAGAAAGCGAGUGAAAAAGCAACAAACGUCAAAGAAAGAGUCAGAUGGUUCGAGCGAUGAAGCUAUACCACUGAGUCGAGUGGCCGUCGUUGAUAAUAGGGCCGCUAAGUCACCGUUGCACUCAUUCAUGGGAGUCCCUAAUGUUGUUAUCACGCCCAUUGAUCUGAAAAAACUAAAACUGCCCAUACCAGCUAGAAAAUCGGAUGCGAAGCAAACACAAAAAAUCAAAGGGGAGUCACCUAAAGUAAAAUCUUUCAAAGUCAUAGACAAGGCAGAGGUGAAAAAGGGCAUAGACAAGCCAGAGAUAUUGACUGUGAAGGACAAAAGCACUCCGGAAUGGAACUGUACUUUAUGCAGUUUGUCAUUUAAAGGAGAACGAGGGUUAAGACGUCACAUGACUAUGUCGCACAUAUUGAGUCCAGAGGAAGAAAAAAAAUUGAGCAAGUCACGAGAGGAGACUUAGAUUAGGUAACGCUUGUCAUCAAAACGGGCGAACCGGCGUGUACAGAAAAUUUUAUUUAAACGUAAAUGUUACGUCACUUCUAUUUCGCGAUGUCAUGAAUGUCUUGGUGUGUUUUUAAAAAAAUAUUGUGCAAAGUCAAUUAUAUUUUGGAAUUCAUUGAAAAUACGACGAAACGACGUGUGAAUUUUAACCGAAUAACAUUAGCCGAAAAUGUUCGACGAAUAUUUAUUAAGUUCGUCGAAUAUUCAUAAUGUUUGCCGAAUAUUAAGAAAACUUUCAUAGAAUCUUCAUAAAUUAGCUUUCAAAUAAAUGAAAGCAACAUUUUUGUAUUUCACUAAAUAAAAUUAAUUUGUGACAAAGUAUAUGUAUUCGGUAUUAAUUCACUCCGAAUUUUUACUUUAGAAGCCUUGGUUACCGAAUCUAAAAUAUAUUUGACUUCGUAAUUUCUAAUAUAAUAUAUUUAUAGUUAUAUAAGUAUUGAAAGAUAGUUAAUGCAUACAAACUCGCGCGUCGAAUAGAUUGAAGCCGAAUCUCUUAUAAGGCGCGGGCAACUAUUGCAGCAAUAAAUGCCCGGCAUUUAAUUGCACGGAAAGAUCUAUUCGACUCGCAGAGUGUAGAUAGCUAAUUGGUGGAUUUGGAAUUUUUGGGGGGUUAGGACGGUAAUGAAUUUGGAUGCGUGAAGUUUUAUUGUUUGUUAUCAUAGUAUAUACUCUUUUGUUAUACAAAAAACUAGUCGGAAAAGCUGUACCAAUGCUGUGGUGGGGUAUUAAGGUUAUCAAAAUAAAGAAAAAAGAUAGAGAAAUCAACUGUUUAGGUUAGUUUAUAUGACAUAUAACAAUAUAAUAAAGUCCACAUUACGAGCGAGUGUGAUAUAUAAUAACUCCUAAUAAAAUAGUGAUUGUUUAUGAUCUCCUAGUACCUAAUUUCCAUCUUCUCUUGUAUGUAUCAGAUAUAUUUUGAUAUUAUAAUAUCAAAUUCUACAUUGAUCAGAAAUCCAGGUUGUACGAAAAAAAAUUGACAUUUUGUUAGAUGUGUAUUUCUUCAAACAUUAACAAGGUGACAGCUCGAAGGAAAAUGAUGUCACUACCAGUUAUACUGUUUAUGAUGUCCUGGUACCUGAUUUCCAUAUAGCCUUGUAUGUAGCAAAUAUUUUUUUAUAUUAUAAUAUCAAAUUCUAAAUUGAUCAGGAAUCUAGGUUGUACGAAAAAAACGCCAUUUUGCUAGAUUUGUAUUUCUUUUAAAAUUAACAAGGUGACAGCUCGAAGGAAAAUGAUGUCACUACCAGUUAUACUGUUUAUGAUGUCCUGGUACCUGAUUUCCAUAUAGCUUUGUAUGUAGCAAAUAUUUUUUAUUAUAAUAUCAAAUUCUAAAUUGAUCAGGAAUCUAGUGUACGAAAAAAACGCCAUUUUGCUAGAUUUGUAUUUCUUCCAAAAUUAACAAGGUGACAGCUCGAAGGAAAAUGAUGUCACUACCAGUUAUACUGUUUAUGAUGUCCUGGUACCUGAUUUCAAUCUAGCCUUGUAUGCAUCAUAUAUUUUGAUAUUAUAAUAUCAAAUACUAUAUUGAUCAGAAAUCAAACAGUAACAAAAAAAAAAUGCCAUUUUGUUACAUUCUGUGAUUGCUCGAAGAAAAAUGUUUUUUUUUUUGUUGUGUGACCUGACAAAAUGUUUCUGACAAUGGACUAGUGUUAAAUUUAAACAAACAUCCCAACUCUAUUGUUUAUCCCCACUAAAUACUAUGAUAACAGCAAUAAUGAAGGCAGGGUCAAAAAUCUGUGAUCAGUGGUAUUUUUGUGAUUGUAGGGUAAAAAGGGAACAUGCAUUCAUGUUAUAGACAGAUGGGAAAUUAUACUUUAUCUGCGGCAACUUUAGCAUAAAACCUUCGAGGUCGGCGUGAUAUUACGCCCCAACCUAUAACGAAAAUAUCAGGCCAUAUCAAGACACGGUCAAAUUUGUUUGUAUUCUCUUU